UCACCUGACCAGGUCCACCGACUACCGAUGAGGCACCGUAACCCGCAUUACCAGAAAAACAAGCAAAUAAAACAUCCAAGAUCUAAACAAUAUAGCACUGAAACGUGAAAAUACUACUUGUCUACAAAGUAAACCCCCUUCCUUGAAAAGGCUUGAACGAGACACGUCAUCAUCACCAUCAUCAUUCGACCGGACGGGAAGGACACACCGGCUGCGACCGAAUAUUACCGAGGCUCCGGGAUCCCGAGCAGGUUUAUAGUAAAGCGUUAAUCAACGGAGCGUUUUUGCAACUCGUUUUUAUGCGUUUAUUUAUUAACUUCAUCAUAAAAAGAACCAAUUGUUUCUCGGUUAGAUGGGGAUUUUCAUACAUAUGAUAAUCAAAUGUGACGAUUUAACGCAUUAAUUUGAUUAUUUAUUUCCCACGAGAGACAGAAAAUAGCUCGUCAUAGGGCGUUACGUAAUAGAGGCAUUAUCCAGGGUGCUGAAACCAACCCAUGCUAGACGCCAACGAGGGAUAUAUUUUUUUAAAGCAUUCAAUCGAACGUAUAUAUUUUGUGCUUUUAUACACGCAAUUUCAGCCGCUAGAAAGCUAGAGAGCGACUUUGGAUUCCGUUUCUCUUUUUUGUCGGCGAAUAUCAUAUGCAUUCCGUCUGUCCUUCCCCCUGAAGUUGAUUCUCGAGGUGGUUGUCGACUCUACCGGGAGAAAAUGUCGGGACAGACUCUGACGGAUCGCAUCGCCGCGGCGCAGUACCAGCUCACCGGAUCCGAGGUGGCUCGUGUCGUGUGCAAAGCCACGACGCACGAGGUGAUGGCGCCCAAAAAGAAGCACCUGGAUUAUCUGAUCUCAGCCACCAACGAGACAAACGUGAACAUCCCUCAGAUGGCGGACACACUAUUUGAAAGAUCCGCUAAUGCCAGCUGGGUUGUCGUGUUCAAAGCUCUAACCACGACCCACCACAUCUGCAUCUACGGCAAUGAAAGAUUCAUCCAGUAUUUGGCCUCGAGGACUUCCCUGUUCAAUCUCAGCAACUUUAUUGACAAAACAGGCUCCCAUGGCUAUGACAUGUCUACAUUCAUCAGACGAUAUGCGCGGUACUUGAACGAGAAGGCAUAUGCUUACCGUGCGAUGGCCUUCGACUUCACUCGAGUUAAGAAGGGAGCUGAUGGUGUGAUGAGGACUAUGGCUCCUGACAAGCUUUUGAAGGCCAUGCCUGCCCUUCAGACUCAAGUGGACACACUGCUGGAGUUUGACGUUCAUCCUAAAGAUUUGAACAAUGGCAUCAUAAAUGCAGCGUUCCUGCUUCUCUUUAAGGAUCUGAUUAAGCUCUUCGCCUCCUACAAUGACGGCAUCAUCAAUUUAUUAGAGAAAUAUUUCAAAAUGAAGAAGUCUGAGUGCAAGGAUUCUCUGGAAAUUUAUAAGAAAUUUCUGACCCGGGUGACCAAAAUCGCAGAGUUCAUGAAAAUCGCAGAGCAAGUAGGUGUGGAUAAGAAUGACAUUCCCGACAUCUCUUAUGCUCCCACCAGUAUUCUGGAAUCUCUGGAGGCACAUAUGAACAGUCUAGAGGGAAAGAAAGGGGAAGGGUCACCCACAAAGGGAUCGCCCACCAAUAAUGUGUCUCCAACCUCCACUCCUGCCAAAUCAGGCGCUGCUGUCCCCACUUUGGAGCCACCACGCACUGAGGCCGCACCUGUCACCGAAACUGCCACUGAUUCUCUGCUGGAUUUGGACCCGUUGUCUUCCUCUGGUCCUUCUGAAGGAGGAGCAUCAGCUGCUCCCACAUGUUGGGGAGAUCUGCUGGGCUCAGAUAUGUUUGCGGCCCCUGCGGCUGAAACAGCUGCUGCUGCUGAGGGUGGUGCAUCAGCAACCACCCCCACUCCUGCUGCUGACAGCACUGCGCCAACCGAAUCUGCGGGCGCUGGAGAGGCCAAACCAGCAGCAGCUGCAGGAGGAGAUCUGAUGUCAGCUUUCGAUGGAUUGGGUGACAUGCUAAUGCCAUCUAUGACUCCACAAGCAGCAGGGGCCACCUCACCAGUCAAACCCAUGGGAGGAGACCUGGACUCAGCUAUGGCCAACAUGGCCAGCAAUUUGACAGUGGGGAACCAGAAACCGGGUGAAGCAGCUGGAGGGGCGAACUGGCAAGCGCAGCCUGGCGCAGGAGCUGCUCCCAUGAUGCCUGGCUCACCGAUGAUGGCCACACAGCAACCAAUGAUGAGGCCACAGUUUCCCGCAGGAGGAGCCCCUGGACAACCGAUGUCUCCAGGAAUGGCCCAGAGUCCCAGGAAGCCUCCCCCUUCUAAAGACCCUCUCGCUGACCUCAGUAUGAAAGACUUCAUGUAAAUGAACAGCUGGUUUGUCACACUUAUUGUGCAGAGCUGAUGAAUCAAACAUGUGUAUUCUUUCUUCCAUUCAUCACAAUGAGGACCUCAGUCCCUCCUUUUCUCUCUCUCUCUCUCUUUCCCUUCCCUGUCUGUUGUUGUAGCACAAACCGUGAACGUGAAUAAGUACAUGUGUGUAUGUGUGUUUGUAUUUCAAUGUUCUCAAUUACUUCAGAUCUAUAUAUAUAUAUAAAAAAAAGAAACAUGAGGAGAAUGGCAGAUGCAUUCUUGAAUGUGCAUCUGCAUGUCUCUUAAGGAUAGAUGUGCAUUCAUUUUUCCCGGGCUCGCUUUCCUUGGGAAAUCAAAUCAAAAGUGUGACGUUUUCUGUGGAAAAUGUUUUUUUGCUGUGGUGAAUAUAACUGGGCCGGUCUGUGUCAUCAUCAGUGGAGUAUUAGUCAUUUUUGGACCAUGGAAUAAGUUCUGUGGGAACAAUAUCAGCAUAUUAUGAGUUAAGAUAGUGUCUCACGCACAUUG